ACGGGAACGCCGCUGUCGCCGGGAUGUCUUCCGUCUUGGAAGAUUGGUAAUCAUUCCCCGUCGUCCUUGAAUUCCAUGACUGUGACAAUUCCGUCUCAAAACAAAAGACAUUCCGAUUCCGGUUCAACAUCAAAAUCAACAUCAACACCACGACCACACCAAAAGCACCACAACAACUUCACAAUGACGCUCAUCAAAUUCUCUUCCCUCGACAACGAAACAAAGACGAACCCAACUCUCAAAGGCCACAAACUCGUCUUCAUCACUCCCUGGGAACCAACCCCAGACUACAUAGACUCUCUCCAGAAACAGUUUCCCGACUUGGUGAUUGAAUGCCACAAGUCCGAAUGGAGGGCCCCCGGAACCGGAGCAGGGGAGUCUCCUUUCCCCAUUGAACAGUGGAAAGACGUCACCAUCGCCUUGACUUUUACCUAUCUCCCGCAACCGAAAGAUGCGCCCAAGCUGCAAUAUGUCCAGCUAAUCAGCGCCGGAGCCAACCAUAUCCUGGAUCAUCCGCUUUUCAAAGAGACCGAGGUCGAGUUCUGUACUGCUAAUGGGGUCCAUGGGCCCCAAAUCUCCGAAUGGCUCCUCCUCACCUACCUCGCCUUCAACCACCACCUCCCCCACUACCUCGCCCUCCAACAACAAGCCCACUGGUCCCGCGCCAAGUCCGAUUCCAUCCAGGACGCCACCGCCAAAACCGUCGGUAUCCUCGGCUACGGCGCCAUCGGCAGGCAAACUGCCCGUCUCGCCGUCGCCAUGGGCAUGCGCGUCCAUGCUUUCACCCUGCACCCGCGGCCCACGCCCGAAUCCCGCAAAGACCGAAGCUGGGCCCCCUCCGGGAUGGGUGAUCCCGAUGGCAUCUUUCCCUCUAAGUGGUUUUCUGGCUCCUCCAAAGAGGACUUGCACUCGUUUUUACGGUCAGGGUUGGAUCUCCUGGUGGUUUCCACUCCUUUGACGCCGGGGACGAAGCACUUGUUGGGUAAAGAGGAGUUUGAGGUUUUGUACAAGGCUUCGCCUACUGUUAAGGUUAUGAAUGAGGAAACGGGAAAGGUGGAGGAACGGGGGAGGACGUUUGUUAGUAACAUUGCGAGGGGACCGGUGGUGGAUACGGAUGAACUGAUUGAGGCGCUGGAAAAGGGGUGGAUUAGAGGCGCGGCGCUGGAUGUUACGGACCCGGAACCACUGCCGGAUGGACACAGGCUUUGGAGCACGAGGAAUGUCAUUGUUACGCCGCAUGUGAGUGGGGCGAGUACGAGGUAUAAUGAGAGGGUGUUGGCGAUUUUGGAGGAGAAUCUGGGGAGGGUGGGUAGGGGGGAGAGGUUGGUAAAUGGGGUUAGUAGGAGGGAGGGGUAUUGAUGGUGAUGGAGGGGAGGGACAAACUUGAGUAGGACUAGGAGAGAUGCAGUUGGGACUAAGGAAAGUGUUGGGAUGGGUGGAUGUUUCUUUUUGAGCGAGUGGGAUACAAUAGAGGUACCUAUGGAAGCGAUGUUUGUUAGAUCUUUGAUGGCCGGCAGGAGAAUAUGAAAGAGGUUGUGAUCGUGA